AAUAAUAGCACCACACCACACCACACCACCACCUUUUGUCAAACCAAACCCACUUGCCACCACAUCCCCCAAAAACCAAACCCUCCCCAUUAAAAAUGUUGGCAAACACUAAUCCCAAUCCAAAACCUACUACUCACUCACUCACUCACCCACCCACCCUUGGCGGUGGAUAACUUUAAUAACACCCACCCCACAAAACAGCUAAUUUUGAUGAUAAGGGCAAGGGAAAGGGAAUUGGAAUUGGUCAUGGCCAAAGUCAGAGGUGGACCUCUCUCCCCCGCGGCGCACGUUAGCCCCUCUCCCAAGCGGUGCUCCCCUCCUCAUCCACCCACGUCACUCAUUCUGCCGCACAUCCCUCCCCACUUUAACAACAACCAUGCCCUUACCCUUACCCUCACCAUUUCACUCUCACCCUCACCCAACACCCCCUUAUCCUGCGCCCCUCCCCUCCUCCUUAUCCUUCACCCUAUUCUCUCACCCCCACCACACCCUUACCUAAAAACUAAAAACCCAAUCUUUUUCUCUCUCCACCACCAACCAUGGCCUCCCCUUCUUCCCCCACCGACUCCAACCCACCCUCUGCCGUCCCCCUCCCUCUCCCGGCGCCUCCCGCCACCUCCUCCCGCCGCCUUCCUCCGCCCUGCUGGACCCCGGAGGAAACCGCCGCCCUCAUCGACGCCUACCGCGACAAAUGGUACUCCCUCGGCCGCACCAACCUGAAGGCUACCCACUGGCAAGAGGUGGCCGACGCCGUCACCGCGCAGUGCCCCAACGCCUCCCCCACGGCGAAAACCGCCGUGCAGUGCCGCCACAAGAUGGAGAAGCUCCGCAAACGCUACCGCACCGAAAUCCAACGCCUCCGCAACCUCCCCUUCCCCCGCCUCAACAACGCUAACACCAAUUCCCCUUCCUCGUGGGUCCACUUCAAAUCCAUGGACUCCAUGGAAAAAGGCCCCAACCACAAACCCCACUCCGACAUCAACAACAACCUCAAUUUCCACGAUGACGACGACGACGACUAUCUGUACGAGGAAUUCAAAACCGCCCCCGGAUCCAACACCAACACGAGAAGCCUCAACAAGCUCUACAAGAACAACAACGGAUUCAAUUCGGGUGGCUCGGGCUCCGGAUCCGGGUUUCGGAUUCGGAUCCCGGCCGGCGUGCCACAACAACAACAUACGGCGUCGUCUAAUAAGAUUUUCAACAGCCAUCUUCCUCCCGGGAUAGUGCCACGUGGCGGAGGCGUGAAGAGGGAGCGUGAGAGGGACGCGGUGGCGGAGAUGGUGGAGGCGAUUAAGGUCCUUCGCGACGGGUUCGUGAGGAUGGAGCAGAUGAAGAUGGAGAUGGCGAGGGAGAUCGAGAGCAUGCGGAUGGAGAUGGAGAUGAAGCGCACCGAGAUGAUCCUGGACUCGCAGCAGAGGAUUGUUGAGGCUUUUGCUAUGGCCGUUUCGCAGAAGAGGAGCAAGGGCAAGUCCACGCCCUCACCUUCAUCGCAACCGUAGAAUAAUCGAAAUCGAAUUUGAAAUCGGACGGUGAGGGUGAUUGAUUAAUUGUGUUUAGUGGUUCGGUUUCUUGAUUAGGUAGGUUCUCAUAUUUUGCAAUAGUCUUCUGUUACUUUUUUUUUUUUUCUUUUAAUUGUUAGCUGGUGAUGUUUGGAUGUGUUGAAUGCUGGAAACUUGAUAUUGGGUUUUAGGAUGGGUGAAUGUGGGUUUAGCAUUUGAUAUCGGUUAAUUGUAAUUUUCUGUCUCAAUAAUUUCUUACUUACAGAUUUGGAACUCCCUAGUUUUGUUUGAUUACAUCUAACUUUUGUAGUAGUUUUUUAUUAUUCCGAUGAA